AUGAUGAAGUACGAUCACAUCUAUUUUGUGGGCCAUCAUGCACAAAAGAGGCCAGCUAGUCCAAGCAAUUCUGCAUACAACUAUGGAUACGACGAUGAGCGUGGAGAUUAUAUUAUUCAACUAAGAGACCAUUUGGAUUAUCGCUACGAGAUAUUGGAAGUGAUGGGCAAAGGCUCUUUUGGCCAAGUAUUGAAAUGCUAUGAUCACCGAUCAGGUCAAACUGUAGCAGUCAAGAUCAUCAGAAACAAAAAGAGAUUUCAUGCUCAAGCACUCGUAGAAAUCAAAAUACUUAAAGAUCUCAUCGCUUGGGAUCCAGAUGAUAAGCACAAUAAUGUCAGAAUGCUGGGUCAUUUCAUGUUUCGCAAUCACUUAUGUAUUGCCUUUGAAUGCUUGAGCAUCAAUCUAUACGAAUUCAUCAAAAGCAACGGUUUCCAUGGCUUUAGCAUGGGGCUUAUUAGAAGAUUUGCUAUGCAGCUACUAAACUCUCUUGUACUUUUACAAAAACACAAGCUGAUUCACUGUGAUCUAAAGCCUGAGAAUAUUCUGUUGAAGCAUCCAACAAAGAGCACAAUCAAAGUCAUUGACUUUGGUAGUUCUUGUCUGGAAAGUGAAAAAGUGUAUACAUACAUUCAAAGUAGAUUUUAUAGAUCACCAGAGGUGAUCAUGGGAAUGAACUACAACAUGGCUAUUGAUAUGUGGAGCACAGGUUGUAUAUUGGCAGAGUUACAUACAGGCUAUCCGUUAUUCCCUGGUGAAAAUGAACAGGAACAACUUGCUUGUAUAAUGGAAAUACUCGGUGUACCAGAACCUUACCUUAUUGAAAAGAGUAGUAGGAGAAAAUUAUUUUUUGACUCACAAGGCAAUCCACGAAUCACACCAAAUUCUAAAGGCAGGAAACGGAGACCGGGUACUAAAACUCUAGAGCAUGCCUUGAACAUGCCCGAUGAAUCUUUUAUAGAUUUUGUCAGCAAAUGUCUUAUCUGGGACCCAGAAAAGCGUAUGAAGCCAGAAGAGGCCUUAAAGCAUUCGUGGAUGACGAAAUCUUAUUCAAAGAAACAUUAG